AUGACAGUCAUGAGAGUCAGCAACGACGCCAAGUGUUUGUGCUUCCCGCUUACUCUAAGCGGAUCCGCGGAAGAGUGGUUCAAGAAACUGGAACCAGGAUCCGUGGAUUGCUGGAAUAAGUUGCAAACCAGCUUUCGGAGACAAUUUGUCACCGCAAGGAAAGUUAACUUGGAGGUUAGCGCCUUGACUAACAUCAAACAGCUGCCUACGAAGAGAUUGAAGAAUUUCAUAAAGAGGUUCAAGGAAGAAGCCUCGAAAACCAAGAAAGUCGAUGACGAACAACAGCUCGCUCUUCUUCAAGCGGGCAUCCGUAUAGGGACUCCAUUCUGGAACGAGUUACAACAAGAAGGAGCCUCCAACCUUCAAGACUUCCAGAAAAGAGUCCAAAAAUACAUCAACUUAGAAGAGGCCCAGAUAGUGGCCUAUGGAGGAUACUAUCCUACCGGGAUAGCAGGAUAUGUACCCGGAGCUCAGCUCCCAGGAACAUUGCCGACAGCCGCUCCACCGAUGAGCGGCAUAGAAUUUUCUGCUACUCCCGGAUACAGUCAAGGCCAGGCCUUGGCCCCUGCAUCUUCUCACUUUGGAAAUCCCUCAGGGGUAAUUGGGCAAGCCCCAUCGCACUCCGUUCCGACCGCAAGCUUAGCAGGCCCUUCUCAAGGCUCUCAGAGCAAGAGGUCCUCUAAAGGUAGCAACCGGUCGGAGGAUAAGCGACAGAAAAGGGGGUACACUCCCCAAUAUACCCAGUACACUGAGCUAACGGACUCCCAAGAGCGUGGGGUAGGGGCCUUGCCUCAAGGAGCACCAGGGGGUGUAGCCGGAGCCUUGGCCCCAAUUACUCCCCCCGGAGAUGCCCAGCAAAUUCCUGGCCUGCCACCAAGACCCAAUGGAAGAGUAGCCAUGAUCUCAGGAGGACCUCACAUCGGAGGAACUACCCGGAAGGAGCUAAAGUGUUACGCAGGGGCCGUAAAGCACAGUGAGGUUUUGGAAGUUACUCAACUCCCAGCUCAAAGGCCCCGACUAAUGGAUCAGCCCAUUACAUUCAUAGAAGAGGACGCCAAGACAGUGCGUUUUCCUCAUCAUGACCCCCUGGUCAUAGAGACUCCCAUUGCCAAUAAGAUUGUGGCCAGAGUCCUAAUCGACAACGGGAGUUCUCUUAUAAUGCAAUCCUCGGCCGACCGGCCCUGUUGGACUUUGGCGCAGUCACGUCAAUAA